AUGCGGUCCUUUAUGUCUUCACAUAUAGGGAGGAAGAGAAAUCGUAAUACAAGUGUUAAUAAUAAUAAUAAUACAGCCAUUGGUAAUAUUGAUAGUACAACUCAAAUGGAAUCAUUGAUGCAAGGAAUGCUCGCGAAACAGGAUUCAAUUUUAAAUGGGAAUCUGUCAGAUGGCCUGAUGUAUGAUCAACAGCCAUUUAUUGAUAAUGAGAAUUUACAACAACCAAUUGACGAAAACGAAAAUGACACUUCAAAUGUUGCUGAUGAUGAGGAUGACGAUGUGAUUUUCGUAAAAGAGCAGCCUGUCUAUUUAGCAUCGCCUACAGUACCGGGAGGUGAUCCAAAUUAUGACAGUAACAAUCACUACACCUCUACGACAUCCAAAAAAUUUAAGAAACAAAGAACUAUUUCGUUACCACAGUUGCCUCAUGCCAGAUUAUUGUAUCAAAAUGGGAAUCACAAGGAGUUUAGAGGUCAGAAUAAUGACGAAUUAUUGCAUUUAACUGGCUCUUCUUCACGCACUUUGGAUGGUAACAGGGCACUAUCACUGCGUGUGGUUCAUUCGACCUCACCUGAUGAUGUAACGUUAUCGGAAAGGUUUUAUUCCAGUGUAUCACCUGCGGAAUCCGCUGCCAUCUCAGGUGAAUCCUCAGAGAGUUCAUCUUCGAAUUCUGUCAAGGGUAAUGGUAUUGGUGUUGAAGGUGCAACUGCAAGUGGCGCAUCCUUAAAAGGAGGGAAUAAUCCUCACAAAAGAACAUUACAUAGAUUGUCUGCUCCUAAGUUAGCUGCAAGGUUAGUUGGUAAGAAACCAAAGACCAGAAAACGUGAAAAUUUCAAAACUGAUAAAGAUGGACACUACGUCUAUAGACAAGAGGAUGUCUUUGGCGGUGGCAGAUUUGUCGUUAAAGGUUUACUAGGGCAAGGUACGUUUGGUAAAGUUUUGAAAUGUACAGACUCCGGUGAUUUUAUUAUGAAUAGCAAUCCGUUCAAAUUGAACACAAAUUUGGUUGCGGUUAAGGUUAUUAGAGCUAUCGAUAGGUACAGAGAGGCUGCAAAGACUGAAUUAAGAGUUUUACAAGCGAUUAGAGAGAACGAUAUCCCGGGUCAAUACCAGUGUCUCAUGUUACAGGAAUGUUUUGAAUACAGGAAUCACGUUUGUAUUGUUACUGAUUUGCUGGGCAGAUCAGUUUAUGACUUCAUGUGUAGUAAUGGUGUUGCGAGAUUUCCAGGAUCUCAGGUACAGGCAAUGGCAAAACAACUAAUACGGUCGGUAUGUUUCUUACACGAUUUGGGCAUUAUUCACACAGAUUUAAAACCCGAAAAUGUGGUUCUUUGUGAUGAGAGUUAUGUGGAGAAAGAUCUUCCGCCUUCUGUGGUUAGAUCUUUAAGUUCAAGAAGAAGAGAUGCUAGUGGUGGUAAGCGUAAACUUUUAACAAAUCCAGAGAUUAAGGUUAUUGAUUUCGGCAGUGCUGUUUUCCAUAGAGAAUACCAUCCGCCAGUAAUAUCAACACGUCACUAUAGAGCCCCUGAGAUUGUUUUGGGAUUAGGUUGGUCUUUCCCCUGCGAUAUUUGGUCUAUUGCAUGUGUUCUUGUUGAAUUAGUUACUGGCGAAUCGUUAUACCCAACCCAUGAAAAUUUAGAACAUAUGGCAAUGAUGCAACGUGUUAAUGGAGAGCCUUUUCCACCAAAGAUUGUUGGUAAAAUGUUUUACAAGGCAUCUCAUAAUUUGGGUAACGCUCCUGCAGAUUUGAAUGCCACCGUGGUAAAACAUUUUGACAAAAAGACAUUUGCAUUACAAUGGCCUGAAAAGAAUAAACGAGGCGAUUACUUGACAAAGGAUAGAUCAAUAAGAAGAGUUAUGGAUAAUUGUGAUAGGCUUGAUUUCUUAAUUUCGAAUAAACUUAAAGCAGAUUAUGGGGAUUGGUUAAGUAUUGAUUGGAAUUUAUCACCGGAGAAGAAUUGGGCAUUGAUUAAAUCAAGAAUUUUGACUGAGAGGAGAACGACGGGAACAACAGCGGGUGAUUUGAAUAAAGAAACAUUUUUGUUUUGGUACUGGUUUAUUGACCUUUGCAGAAAAAUGUUUGAAUUCGAUCCAACUAAGAGAAUUACUGCAAAGGAGGCUUUGGAUCAUAAAUGGUUUAAUUUGGGUAUUUUGGAUGAAGGGAUUACCAGUUUUGGUGAAUUACAAUACUGA